UGCCUCCCCUCCCGCCGCGUGGAUGCCAUGGCAACGAAAAGAGACGGUGACCUGGGUUCCGGAAGCCGAAGAGAGCCUUGAAGCUACCUGGGUCAAAGGAUGCUGAGUCCCGAACGCCUAGCCCUGCCGGACUACGAGUAUCUGGCCUACUCAAUAUGAAGACAACAAGGAGGAGGACCAUUAUGAUGAUCCAGUUUUACUUAAUACUCAGCGACAUGUCCUCACGUACAUGGAGGAUGCAGUGUGCCAGCUGCUAGAGAACAAGGAGGAUAUUAGCCAAUAUGGCAUUGCCAGGUUCUUCACAGAAUAUUUUAACAGUGUAUGCCAGGGAACUCACAUUCUCUUUCGGGAAUUCAGCUUCAUCCAAGCCACCCCCCACAACAGGGCAUCGUUUUUACGGGCCUUCUGGAGAUGCUUCCGAACUGUGGGCAAAAAUGGUGAUUUGCUGACCAUGAAAGAAUAUCACUGUUUGCUGCAAUUGCUGUGCCCUGAUUUCCCACUGGAGCUUACUCAGAAAGCAGCCAGGAUUGUGCUCAUGGACGAUGCCAUGGACUGCUUGAUGUCUUUUUCAGAUUUCCUUUUUGCCUUCCAGAUCCAGUUUUACUACUCAGAGUUCCUGGACAGUGUGGCUGCCAUCUAUCAGGACCUACUGUCAGGCAAGAACCCCAAUACAGUGAUUGUGCCAACGUCAUCCAGUGGGCAACACCGCCAGCGCCAAGUCCUGGGUGAGGCCAGCAUGGAGGGAGUGGAGGCGUCGCUAUUCUACCAGUGCCUGGAAAACUUGUGUGACCGGCACAAGUACAGCUGCCCACCCCCAGCACUUGUUAAAGAAGUCCUCAGCAAUGUUCAGAGACUGACCUUCUAUGGAUUCCUUGUGGCUCUCUCAAAGCAUCAUGGGAUCAAUCAAGCCCUAGGAGCUUUGCCUGACAAAGGGGAUCUGAUGCAUGACCCAGCCAUGGAUGAGGAACUGGAACGGCUGCUGGUCCAGGUCCCAGGCUUGAUCAACUCGGUCACUGCCAGUCCAGAGGCCAGCUGCCUGCCUUCCCGGACCCCUCCCCGGGUUGGCUCCCCUUGGAGGCCCCUCCAUCACUCCCGAAAAGUGGAUGCAGAGAGCGAUGGCUCCACUGAAGAGACAGACGAGUCUGAGACUUGAGGAGUCUGAAGGGUCCUGCCUACAGCGCCCUGUACCCUGCUCCCACGCCAGCCCUUGGUGCUCCCACCCAGCCUCCUCUCCAGCGCCCUGCCAUGCUGCCCUCUGCUGGCGAAAAGGCUGAAUAACAGCCCCAGGCCAAAGACCUGCCAGAGAGGUGCUAGAUCAGCCAAGCCAAACAGUGACCCUAGAAAGUUAACAGCCUGCUCUCCCUGGCCCUGUCAGCCUCUGGGUGCUAGUCAGGCCCCAGGCUGACAGACUGUGCUGAGGCCAUUUCAUCACUAGGAAGAGGACUUGGCCUUAGUCUUUUGUUAACAGUCCUAACCUCUUGAGGAAGAGCAGUAUCUUCUCAGCCAACCUCUGCUAGUCCCCUGAUAAGGUUCAUUUCACAGCAACUCCAUUAAGGGGGAGAACAUGAAUAGCCAUGCAGGGCCUUGCAUGGUCAAGGGUGACACCUGAGAUGCAAGUACUGGGAGGACAUAACCACUGUGGCCUUCUGCUGGAGGACAGCCACUAGCCAUGAUAGGACGGAGAAGGGUGGGUAAGAAGACACUUUCACUUUCAAAACCUGCUUCAAGUUUCCUCUGUGUCUAAGAGUUAAAUAUGUGAAAUGAAUAAAGUCCCUUGUGUCUGGUAA